ACAACAGGCCACUCAGAAAGUUUUGCGAAAAAUAGUUUUUAUGUAUAAAAUAUUGAUCGCUAUAGUUUCUUCACUUUGACGGGGUACCUAAUUUCAAUUCCACUUCGAGACCAACGCAGCAUCAACGCCGAAUGGUAGAGCACAAAAUGCCCGCCAGAAAUUUUUCUGCAAUGAGCAACAAGCGACCUAACACCGGGCUCCGCCGGGUCCUUCUUCGCCACGACAACGCGCCCGCGCACUCUGCUAUCAAAACGAAGGACUUCCUGGACUCCACAACAGUUAGAGUCCUGGGACACCCUCCUUGCAGUCCUGGUCUGGCUCCGUGUGACUUCUUUUUAUUCCCUAAAAUAAAAAAUCUGCUCAAAGGAAUACAGUUUUCAUCGCCGGAAGAAGCGUUUGAGAAGGCCGUGGAAGAGGUGUCUGCGGAGGACUGAAAAAAAUGUUUUGAAAAUUGAUUCAGACGCAUGAAACUUUGUAUAGAGCCUGAUGGAGAGUUCUUUGAAAAGAUUAAAUAAAAAUAUUUUUUUCAUAGAAGUUAGUUUUUAAGUUUUUCAAAACUUUCUGAGUGUCCCAUGUAUAAUAUCUAAAGUCCCUGCUAAGCAGUUUGUGGAAUUUGUGUUAUCUAUAAUUUUUAAUAAACGUUACGUGAAAAGUAUCUAACUGGUACCUAAUGAAAAACCUUUCAGUAGUUUUCGAGAGAAUGCAUCAUACCCCACUACGGUGGAUAAUUACAAUUUCUAAUACGGCCUGGAUAAAUGCAUUAAAUAUUCAUUUAUCCAUAAAAAAUUUCAUCAAAAUCGGUCCAAUCGUUUAAGAGAAGUUCAGUGACAUACACACUCACA